GAGGAAGCUGGAGAAGGAAGAGCUCGCGAAUUCAGCUGCAUGCGGUUGAGUUUCAGAGAAUGGCACCAAAAGACAGAAGUGUGUGGUGGGUUUGGAUCUCGGCGCUGUGUGCUGGAAGUGUUGCCAGAGCAGCAGAACAAGGACAAUCGCCCCAGGACACGGGGGAAAGGAGGCGUCUCGGAGGAACAACGAGCUACUUCACUUGGACAGCAGAGAGAACAGACAGAAAUGCAACAUGGGUCACCACAAACACAGCCACCUCCACAGGAGGAGGACCCACAACGCCCAACGCAACAGUUCUCAUCCCAGUAAAGGACACCACUGGGCACAAAACCACAGGGCAGCUGUCAGAGCCAGUGAUUGCAAUCUACUUCGAGGAGGGGACCUGCAACAUCAUGUUGACCUGCACCACGCGGGAAGGAGGCGGGGACGUCAAGUACAGUUGGCAGCAGCCCGGGAAAAGCCACGUUCUGUCCAAGGAGCCCGUUCUCCACAUCACCCAGAAGCCGGACGAUGACUUCCUGAACUACACCUGCACCAUCUGCAGAGGGGAGAGCCAGAAUUCCAGCACGGUGUCCCUGAGCGAGCACUGCCACGGCGCCUCAGCUUCCAGCUCGAUCAAGUACUGGGUCCCGCCGGCGUUCAUGGUCAUUGCGUUGAUCACUCUGUAUUUCACAUACAGGAAGACCACAGAGAGAGCAAGCCGCAGCAGAGCCGGGUCCAUUGAUCAAUCCUCGGACUCUGAUUCAAAGGACAAUCAGGCGGUUCACGGUGCAGCCCAUGUUAUCCCCCAUCCGGAGGCGUGGAAUCAGACCCAUGUGGAGACGCUGCAGGCAAAGGAGACUCUAAGCACGGAGGAAAACGAACAAGCUCUCUCUGACCCAGAGCCUUCCCCCAGCCAGAUUGACCAGAACGCAGCAGCUGAUAGCGCAGCCCCGCCCAGCGAUCCCAGGAUGUCAGACCCUGUCAGAGCUUCCUGGCCCCUCAGCGCGACGCCGGCACAUGGAGAAACCACAGAGGCGUUGGUCACUUUUGAAGAAAGCUCUGUACGCCAGUCCCAGCCCGCUCCAAAUCUUCCCUUUGUCCCCUGAUGAAGAAGGGAGGUGACAGUCAAUCUCACCCCUUACAUGGCGCUUUUCUCCUGUAGAUCUCACGGGGCUUUGCAAGUGGGGGUACAUAUCAACAGCCCCAUUUAGAAGGGGAAACUGAGGCACAGAAAGGCCAAGUGACCGUGCCUCUCAAGCCAGCAACAGAGCGAGGAAACAGAACCCAGGAAUCCUAAUACCCUGCCUGGCACUGGACUGUUGCCUAGCCUUGAGUGUGGUGCCGUUCCCUUGUGGAUGCCAAACUUUGGCCCUGAUUCUCCAUAAUGUUAAGAACGUGUCUAAAUCCUAGCAAGAUUGGGGACUGUUUUUGGUUCUGGGAGUAUCAAAACUGUAGAGCAACCUAAUGGAUGGGUGGGUGUG